GGGGGACCAGGGGGGAAACAAGGUGGAGAAUGCGACUUCGUGACUUCAAAUAUCUUGAUUUAUCCUGUCAACCCCCUCCCCUAACACCCACCUCGUUGUUGGAACAUUUGGAAAGAAUAGCUCUUAGCAUACACCUAUCCAGUACCUACAUUUUUGUAUCAUAACAGCUAUAGUUAUACCUACCUAUCUACCUACAGUACCUUACCUCGCCUUACCUACCUAGGUAUACUUCCCAACAUGUCCAAAUACGACCAAUACGAAGGCUUCCAAGUCGAGUCCGCCGCGACCUGGACGGAAUUCCACAAGAACAAGUUCGACACCAAGCCCUUCGGCGACCACGACGUCGAGAUCAAGAUCGAGUGCUGCGGCGUCUGCUCCAGCGACGUCCUCACCGUCAGCGGCGACUGGGGCACCCAGCCCUUCCCCCUAGCAGUUGGUCACGAGAUCGUCGGCAAGGCCCUCCGCGUCGGCCCCAAGGUUACCCUCAUCAAGGCCGGGCAGCGCGUCGGCGUCGGCGCCCAGUCCUGGUCGUGCUUGAACUGCCGCCAGUGCAAGAACGACAAUGAGACGUACUGCUCCCAGCAGGUCGAUACCUAUGGCGCCACCUGGCCCGACACCGGAAUCGUCACCCAGGGCGGCUACUCGUCGCAUGUAAGAACACACGAGCAUUGGGUCUUCCCCAUCCCCGACGCGCUCCCCAGCCCCCUCGCCGCGCCAAUGCUGUGCGCCGGGAUAACAAGCUACAGCCCCCUCGUCCGCAACGGCGCCGGCCCCGGCAAGAAAGUCGGCGUGGUCGGUCUCGGCGGACUAGGCCACUUCGCGGUUCUGUUCGCCAAAGCGCUCGGCGCCGAGACGUGGGUGAUCUCGCGCACGCACAGCAAGGAAGCCGACGCGCGGGCGAUGGGCGCCGACGGGUUCCUCGCCACGCAGGACAAGGACUGGAACGGCGCGCACCUGAAGACGUUCGACCUCAUCAUCAGCACGGCGAACAGCUUCGGCGAAGGGUUCGACCUCAGCGGCUACCUCGCGCUGCUCGACGUCCACGGCAAGUGGGUGUCGACGGGCCUGCCCGCCGAGGCGACGCUGAAGAUCCGGCCCCAGGACCUGCUGGACAACGGGUGCCUGAUCGGCGCGUCGCAUCUGGGGAGUCGGCGGGAGAUGCUGGAGAUGCUGCAGCUGGCGGCGGACAAGGGCAUCAAGUCCUGGGUCGAGGAGGUCCCGCUCUCCGCCGAGAAUCUGUCCAAGACGCUGCAGAGGCUCAACAAUAACGAUGUGAGGUAUCGGUUCACGAUGACGGACUACGAUAAGGCGUUUGGCGCGUAGAGAAGCGUGAAAAGGGGAAGAGAGAAAGAAAGAAAGAAAGCAUAGAUGAACGAGCAUUAUAAUACCCACCUCCCCUCUUGGUGCAACCCACAACAUUCCGCUCUAGAUAGGUAGACUAGGGCAGUAUGGAGGCUGGAAAGCUCCUCUGAUAGAAAUAAAUAAAUAAAAACUUACACAUCAUAACAUCUAGUUACCUGGAUACUUACAUAAUUAGCUGGGGUA